GUGUUCGGCAUCACGUUCUGGCUGAACCCGCCGACGGCCAAGAGCCCCAUCGCGGGGGCCUUCCCGGAGAUCGCCUGGUCGGUGAAAGACAUGGCGAAGGCCGAGCAGGCCAACAUGGCCGUCAUCACAGACUUGCACCACUGGUGGGUCGACAAGGACGGCUUCGUCUCGGUCACCGACCUCAGCUUCAAGGAUGAUGACGCGGACUCCGACGACGGCUACACCAUGGCGGCCUUCGACAUCACGAUCACCAG